AAGAGGACGUGCGCGUCACCUCUUCUGUUUAGAAAUUAAUCUCUCAUUUAUUAUCUAUCGUCUUUCUCUAUCCCCCUGAAAGAGGGGUUACAACAUUUACUUGAAACUUAGUUUCGAAGGUUUUAACUGAAAACUUUUUUUUUGGGGCCAGUGGGUGCCGAUUUUUAUUAUCAAGUUGGUCUAAAAGCAAAGCUGGACUUUUAACUUUUUGUUUUAGUGCGUUCAUUUGUUAACGAUUGUGGUUUUAGAGAGCGUGCGACGUCCCACUCACCAGCGACGCCCCACACCAGCGACGCCCCACACCAGCGACGCCCCACACCAGCGACGCCCCACACCAGCGACGCCUCACACCAGCGACGCCCCACACCAGCGACGCCCCACACCAGCGACGCCCCACACCAACGACGCCCACAAGCAAGUUAUACAUCGUGAAGGUGGUGACCCCCAGCCCAAGAUGGCAGCCGUGGCGACCUUGACCUCCGCCAAGGUGGCCAGUGACCGGCCCAGGUUGACCUUGGUUGACCUGUGUGCCGGUUUGCCCCUUGACCCCCUGCCGCCCCCACGGCCCAGGGACCCCACUGUCCCUCACGCCCCGAUCAGGGCCCACAACCUCUCCCUGCAGCAACAACAGGUGGCUGUGAGUAACGCCCUCAGGUACUUCCCCAGAGAGUGCCACGCCCUGCUGGCAGAGGAGUUCGUCCAGGAGCUACGGUGCUACGGCCACAUCUACAUGUACCGCUUCCUUCCCAAUAUCCAGAUGAAAGCAUACCCGCUGGCGGAGUACCCAGCCAAGACCACGAAGGCCGCGGCGAUGAUGCACAUGAUAAUGAACAACCUUGACCCUUGUGUAGCCCAGUUCCCUCAUGAGCUCGUUACCUACGGCGGUAAUGGACAGGUGUUCUCCAACUGGGCACAGGUGUGGCUGGUGCUGCACUACCUCUCCCUGAUGACGGAGGAGCAGACGCUGGUGCUCUACUCCGGUCACCCGCUGGGGCUCUUCCCUUCUGACUCCCGCUCACCCAGGCUCGUCACCACCAACGGCAUGGUUAUCCCAAACUACUCCUCCCGAGCCCACUACGACGACAUGUUUGCCAUGGGAGUCACAAUGUACGGGCAGAUGACAGCAGGCAGCUACUGCUACAUUGGACCCCAAGGCAUCGUUCACGGCAGCACGCUGACGGUGCUCAACGCAGGAAGGAAGUACCUGAAGGUGGAGAGCCUGGCUGGACGGGUAUUGGUCACCUCAGGCUUGGGCGGCAUGAGCGGCGCUCAGGCGAAGGCCGCCGUCAUCUGUGGCUGCAUCGGGGUUGUCGCUGAGGUGAACGAGGUGGCAUUGAAGAAGCGCUAUGAACAAGGUUGGUUGGAAGAAUACACUGAUGAUCUUGAGGUGCUUAUUAAGAGAAUUCAGGAGGCAAGGACCAAGAAGCAGGUAACAUCCAUCGGGUACCUGGGUAAUGUGGUGAACGUGUGGGAGCGGCUGGUGCAGGUGUACCAGGAGACAGGCGACCUCCUGGUUGACUUGGGUACCGACCAGACCUCCUGUCACAUCCCUUUCCAUGGAGGAUACUGCCCUGUCCAGCUCACCUUCCAGCAAGCUGAGGAGAUGUUGGCCAAAGACCCCAAGAAGUUCCGGCAACUGGUAGAGGAGUCGCUGUGUCGCCAAGUGGCUGCCAUCAACACACUGGCCAAGGCUGGCCUCUUCUUCUGGGACUACGGCAACGCGUUCCUGUUGGAGGCUCGUCGUGCUGGCGCGGACGUGGGCGCUUCACAGGGAGACACUAUCAAGUUCCUCUAUCCAAGCUAUGUCCAGGACAUUAUGGGGGACAUCUUCUCCUUGGGGUUCGGUCCUUUCCGGUGGGUGUGUACAUCUGGCGAUCCAGAUGACCUGAAGAAGACAGAUGACAUAGCUUGCGCUGUUCUGAAAGCCAUCUGUGACGAGGGCAUCCCUGAGAGGACGCGGCAGCAGUACAGCGAUAACAUCAAGUGGAUCGUGCAGGCCGGAGAGCACAAGCUGGUGGUGGGAAGCCAGGCCAGGAUCCUCUACUCUGACCAGGUCGGCCGAGUGAGGAUAGCCCAGGCUUUUAACGAGGCCGUGAAGACUGGACAGCUCAAGGGACCAGUAGUGAUCAGUCGGGACCAUCAUGAUGUCAGUGGCACAGACUCGCCCUUCAGGGAGACAUCCAAUGUGUACGACGGCUCUGCCUUCACUGCAGAUAUGGCCAUUCAGAACUUCGUCGGUGAUGCCUUCCGUGGCGCCACCUGGGUAGCUCUCCACAACGGGGGCGGCGUGGGCUGGGGUGAGGUGAUCAACGGAGGGUUUGGACUCGUACUGGACGGCUCCGAUAUCGCUCACUACAAUGCCACACUCACCCUAAACUGGGAUGUCUCCAACGGCGUUGCCCGAAGAGCAUGGAGUGGUAAUGAGAAUGCUGAAGCAACCAUCAUCCGUUCUAUGUCCAAGGACCUACGACUCAAGGUCACCAUCCCGUACCAUGCUGACCCUGCCUUAGUGGCACGAGUCUUGGCUCAACAAUAGCGCCCGGUUCAUGCCUUUAGCUUAAUGCUAGUGCUAACUCCAUGCCCUGGCGAUCAGUGUUCUGGUAACUUGUGUCCUGACUCUCCAUUUUAAAGUGUAAGCAAUAACAAUGAAAUCUAAGGUAAGGCAUGGAUUCAACAAGUAUUUAAGUACCUGCUCACGAACCUCUACAUCUUUUCUCAAACUUUUGCUGCUUUGUUUACAUUUAUUAAACAGUUUACUAGCUCCGGGGCACCAAGAGGCUGUUUAUAACAGUACAUAAUAACAUUUGAUUGAGAAGUUUCGAUGCUCGUAAACUGUUUAAUAAAUGUAAGCAAAGCUGCCAAAGACUGAAAGAACAUGUACAGGUCUGUAAGUACAGUAGAUGAAUAAAUGCUUGUUGAAUCCUGGGCCAUAUUUAUAUCAGCGAGCUACCUCUACUGCCAGACCAUUGGUAGUAGAGAUACCUAUUCACUUUUUAAUAUCUCUUUGUAAAGAGAAUGGUUUGAAAGUGUCUUUUAAUCUGUUAUUUAUUACUUAUAUUUCAUUUAUAUUUUUAGCAAGGCACAAGUAGCUAUUAGAGGUAAGCUUAGGAAUAAGAACUGUUUGCUUUAUUUCAAACUUCAAUUAUGUGCAAUCCCUUUCAAUUUUCCUUACCAAUAACACACUAUGAAAAUAUAUUAACUAUCUGUAACAUUAUUGGAAUUAAGUGAGGGUUUGGGUAAAUUUUAUUAAGGAAA